AGAUACAAGAUAUCCAACUUACCUCGAUAAAGAUGGCUAGCACUCGUGAUUCCCACUCAUUUGCUUGUGACGAAUGCCGCUUGCGCAAGUCAAGAUGUUCAAAAGAGCGACCAGUUUGUCUGCAAUGCCGACAGCUGAACAAAGAAUGUAUAUACAGCCCAAAAGUCAGCAGAAGUCCUCUGACUCGGCAACACUUAACCUAUGUUGAAGAUCGCCUACACUCAUUUGAAACAGCCUUAGGAAGGCUUUUCCCAGGAGGUGAUCUGGAUGCUACACUCCGUUCUCUCUUGCAAAACCCUGAGGUGGCAAGGGCCCCUUCAUCCAAGUCCUCUUCAAGGCACUCAACCCCAAAGCAUGAGCCAGAACGUGCUGAGCCAGCACCAGAAGCUCUCCCACAGCAAGCCGAUGGCUUUGACUGGGCCGAAAAAGAAAUCACGCUUGGUGAUUUGACAGACGGCAUGGCUGCGCUGUCUAUUAAACCCGAAGGAGCUGGCUACUUUGGAGCGUCUUCAAGUGUCGUACCAUUACGAGCACUUUUUGAUCAUGGAUUUGACUUGAAUAUCCCUGUUCGCUCGGCAAGGUCGGGUGGCGUGCCUCUCAAAGCACAGCUUCUGGAAAGUGCCCCAUCUGGGCUGAUCGAACAAGCGUUUAUUGACGCCUUCUUCCUCAAUUAUCACACCAGCUAUCCAUUUAUCCACGAGCCUACCUUCCGGAUGCAGUUUAAUGACCCAUCUCUACGCCCGCAUGGUACGGCCUGGCAUAUCCUCCUAAACACGAUCUUAGCUCUGGGAGCCUGGUGUAUCGGCGAUGACAGCUCAGACCUCGAUAUCACAUUCUACCAAGAAGCCAGAGGAUACCUGCAACAGGCAUCUGUGUUUGAGACUGGCAACCUGACGUUAGUCCAAGGGUUAUUGUUAUUGAGCAACUAUGCACAGAAACGGAACAAGCCCAACACUGGAUGGAAUUAUCUUGGGUUAGCAGUCCGAAUGGCCAUGAGUUUGGGUCUUCACAAGGAGUUCCCUGGCUGGAAGAUCAGUCUCCUACAAAGAGAAAUCCGCAGAAGAUUGUGGUGGGGAGUUUUCAUCUUCGACAGCGGCGCAGCCAAAACCUUUGGAAGGCCAAUUCUCCUCCCAGAGGAUAGUGUCAUGGAUGCGAAGCAGGUUCGAAAUAUCCACGAAGAGGAUUUGACUCCCACAACAACAACUCUGCCAGCCGAGUCGCCCGGCCCAACCAUCUAUUCCGGCUUAAUUGCCCAGGCCAGCUUCCACCUCCUCACCAAUAGCGUCUACCAACGCCUCAUCUCAAGCCCUAGCCUCACCCCGGAAGACACGCUGAACUUGCAAAAACCCAUCGAAGAAUGGUACAACGGUCUUCCAUCAUACCUCAAACACCCGCAGCUUCCUCUCUCCAUGCAGCCAGCCAAUCCAGACCCGGACUCUCUAGCCCUCGUGCGCAACCGCCUGCUAUGGCGAAACUGGAACCUCACCAUUUUGAUCUACAGACCUAUCCUACUCCGCUGGGCCGCUAGACGCUGGGCCCCACUUAGCGGCAGCGGUACAGCCACUCCGGAUGCAGGGUCUGAAGAUCCCUUCGAGACGGAGUGCCGAUUGCGCUGUCUCCAGAACGCGCGGUUGACCAUCUCCUCCAUCUCAGAGUACAUGGCGAACUAUAUGUGCACGAGACUUGGGGCAUGGUAUAUGCUCUACUUCCUCUUCCAAGCAGGGCUCAUCCCCAUAGUCUUCCUAAUGACCGACCCCUCAAACCCAGAAGCCGCCUCCUGGCUCCAGGACAUCGAAACCACAAAAUCCCUCCUAACCCACCCCUCGCUGGGCACAAACCGCUUCGCAACCCGCUGCCUCGAAGUCAUCAACCGACUCCUUGGCCCACCCACGCACCCAAUGCCACAGGGAAUCCCAACCGAUGGAGACCAGCUCAACCAGCAGCACCAACAGCAGCAUGAGCACAUGCUCCCACAACUGCAGCCUAACAUGAUGCCGUUCCCUGGGCAGCUCUUCAGUGAUCCCGGAUUCGGCGGAAGCCUGUUCCCAGUCGAGCAGCAAAUGCAAAUGCACAAUGCGGGGGGCAUGGACUUUUCUGAAUGGGUGAAUUUCCCGCCGGCGGAAUGA